UCCUCCAGAACAGAGCAGCCCAGCCGCAGUGUGUGCAGCCUGUUUGUGUCAACUUGACGAGUCGAGAUGGCAAAUGUGUUGAGAAAUUCCGCCAAAUUCGGGUUUUCAGGUGUGUUGUCCCAGUUGUCCAUCCACAGUAGACAUGGGAGAGAGUGUGUGUCGCCGUGCUUCUCUCUGCAGCAGAGAAACAGCUCUACCUCACCUAAGAUCAAGGUGGACCUGGACAACACUACAGGUGUAGCUGUGUUGAGGAUGCAGAGCCCCCCUGUCAACAGUCUGAGUCUGGACUUCCUCACUGAGUUCUGUAUCAAUCUGGAGAAACUAGAGAUGGAUAAGAGUUGUAGAGGUCUGAUCAUCACCUCGACCCUCUCCAAGGUGUUCUCUGCGGGGCUAGACAUCAUGGAGAUGUAUGGGAAAAGUCCGGAGCGCUGUGGAGAGUUCUGGAAGGCUGUUCAGGAGAUGUGGCUCAAAGUCUACGGAUCCAACAUGGCCACCAUAGCUGCCAUCAACGGCUCUAGUCCAGCAGGUGGCUGUCUCAUGUCUAUUGGAUGUGACUAUAGGAUCAUGGCUGAUAAUCCUCGCUACAGCAUCGGACUCAACGAGACUCAGCUCGGCAUCGUAGCUCCCUUCUGGUUUAAAGACACGCUGGUGAACACGGUUGGUAACCGGGCAGCAGAGCUGUCGUUGGAGCUGGGUCUGUUGUACAGCGCUCCUGAUGCCCUGAAGAUCGGCCUGGUGGACCAGUUAGUCCCUGAGGACCAGGUCCUCUCCACUGCACAGGACACCAUGUCCAAGUGGCUCGCUGUACCAGACCAUGCCAGACAGAUCACCAAGUCCAUGAUGAGGAAACAGACUAUAGACAAGCUGCUGUCCAACAGGGAAGCUGACAUCACCAACUUUGUGAGCUUCAUCACUAAAGACUCCAUCCAGAGGUCCCUCCGCAUGUACCUGGAGAUGCUCAAGAGUAGAAAGGCCUAGUCUGGGGCCCGAACGGCUCCCCCAUUCCCUGUAUAGUGCACUACCCCUAUAUGCCCUGGUCAAAAGUAGUGCCCUCAGUCCUAUAGACCCUGGUCUAAAGUAGUGCCCUCAGUCCUAUAGGUCCUGGUCUAAAGUAGUGCCCUCAGUCCUAUAGGUCCUGGUCUAAAGUAGUGCCCUCAGUCCUAUAGGCCCUGGUCAAAAGUAGUGCCCUCAGUCCUAUAGGCCCUGGUCAAAAGUAGUGCCCCCAGUCCUAUAGGUCCUGGUCAAAAGUAGUGCACUAUAUACGGAAUAGGGUGCCAGUUGACACACUACCCUGUCAUAUAUAUAUAUAUAUAUAAUAACAAAACGGUUGUUUUCGUUUUCUGUUGCACUAUGUUUCGCUACGGUCUGCACUAAUAAACACACCCCAUUAUUAGUUUAUUAGUGCAGACCGUAGCGAAACAUAGUGCAACAGAAAACGAAAACAACCGUUUUGUUAUUGGACAAAAUCAGGUAGUUCACUCCCCGUUCUGGCCAGUUUGGAUCCUAAUGAACACACCCCCGGCCUUAUUUCCCCCUGCCACAAUGUUUGACUGUUUGGACUGAAACAACGAACACUGUUACCAUGUAGGUGAUUAUACAGGAAGUCAUCUUGCCUUUGUGAACAUAAUGUUUUUUUUUUCUUCGUAUGAUCUUUUCCUGUACUGUUGGUUUGCAAGUAAACAUCUGUAAAAUAC